AUGGACGCGAAAUAUUCCCACCUGUUGUCUGUUCCCUGGGCCGCUGCCCUGAUUAACGACCCCAACUGGACGCCGAUGGAGACCAGCUCGCGGUCAGUAAAGCCAUCAGGAGAAGACUCCUUCUUCGCAGGAACGCUUGGCACUGAUCGCACAAUAACAACGCUUCUUACGUUCCGUCCGAAAGAUGAGGAACCAGGCGACAUCGCAUACAAAGAGAUUAAAACGAUUGUGGAGCUAGGCGAUGGGCUACAAGGCUACCCACGCAUCGCACACGGCGGCUUCCAGGCAACGUUGCUUGACGAGAUGUCCGGCGUCUUGAUCGGGACGGUCAUGGAGAAAAAGGCGCAAAGGGCAAAUCUAAACACUACCUACAAGAAGCCAGCGCCAACCCUGCAGACGCUUCUCUGCACAGCCAAGAUCGAACGAAUAGAAGACGGCGGUCGCAAACUAUACGCUCGCGCGACUCUCGAAGACGGCAACGGUACGAUAUACACCAUCGCCGACGGCAUGUUCAUCAGACUUUCGACCAAGCUAUGA